CGCUGUAGAGGAGGAAGGCUCCGGCAGCGCUAAACAGGCGGGAGACUCCGGCAGCGCAGGAGAGGAGGAAGGCUCUGGCAGCGCUGGAGAGGCGAGGCGCACUGUGGGCCUGAUGCGUGGUGCUAGCACUGGUGGUACUGGGCCGAGGACACGCACAGGAAGCCUGGUGCGGGGAGCUGCCACCGGAGGGCUGGUGCGUGGAGGUGGUAGUGGGUAGACCAGACCGUGCAGGUGCACUGGAGCUCUUGAACACCGAGCCUGCCCAACCUUACCUGGUUGAAUACUCCCGGUCGCUCUGCCAGUGCGGCGAGGUGGAAUAGCCCGCACUGGGAUAUGCAGGCGAACCGGGGACACUGUGCGCACCGCCACAUAACACGGUGCCUGCCCGGUCUCCCUAGCCCCCCGGUAACCACAGGAAGUUGACGCAGGUCUCCUACCUGGCUUCGCCAUACUUCCUGUGAGCCCCCCCCAAGAAAUUUUUGGGGCUAACUCUCGGGCUUCCUACCGCGCCGCCGUGCUUGCUUCUCCAACUCCAUUCUUCUAUACCCCUCUUCGCACUGCUCCAGCGAAUCCCAGGCGGGCUCCGGCACUCUCCCUGGGUCGACCGCCCACCUGUCUAUUUCCUCCCAAGUCGUAUAAUCCAGACUUCAUAUCUCCUGCUGCCGCUGCCUGUUGUCACGCCGCUUGGUCCUGUUGUGGUGGGUGAUUCUGUCACGGUUUUCUGUAGGUGAAAGAGAGUCGGACCAAAAUGCGGCGUGUCUAUUGCGAUUCAUGUUUAAUAAAACUGAAGUAAACACGAAUCAAUAUGAAAAAACAAUAAACAAUACAUGAAAACCGAAACAGCCUAAUACUGGUGCAAACUAAUACACGACAGACAUAAGUACAAAAGGACAAUCACCCACCAAAACCCAACACCAAACAGGCUACCUAAAUAUGGUUCCCAAUCAGAGACAAUGACUAACACCUGCCUCUGAUUGAGAACCAUAUCAGGCCAAACACAGAAACAGACAAACCAGACACACAACAUAGAAUGCCCACACAGAUCACACCCUGACCAAACAAAACAUAAUAAACAUACAAAGCAAACUAUGGUCAGGGUGUGACAGAUACCUUAAUAGAAAAUGACUCAAGUGAAAGUCACUAAAAUACUACUUGAGUAAAAGUCUAAAAGUAUUUGGUUUUAAAUAUACUUAAGUACCAAAAGUACAUGUAAUUGCUAACAUAUGCUUCAGUAUCAAAUCUUGAUUUUUAGAUUUACGGAUAGCCAGGGGCACACUCCAACACUCAUAAAUAAUUAACAAACGAAGCAUUUGUGUUUAGUGAGUCCGCCAGAUCAGACGCAGUAGGGAUGACCAGGUACAGUAUGUUCUCUUUAUAAGUGUAUGAAUUGGACCAUUUUUCUGUAUAACGAGUACUUUUUGGUAUAAGGGAAAAUGUAUGUGUAACGGUCUUCUUCCUCCUCUGACAAGAAGUAGUAGGAAGGACCGGAGGAUCGGAGGACCAAUGCGCAGCAUGCUGAGCGCCAACGUGCUGAUAUUCCUGUGCACUAACAUCAUUGGGAUUUGUACCCACUACCCUGCUGAGGUGUCUCAGAGACAGGCCUUCCAGGAGACCAGAGGAUACAUUCAGGCCAGACUGCACCUGCAGAGAGAGAACCAGCAGCAGGAACGCCUCUUGCUGUCUGUGUUGCCAAGGCAUGUUGCCAUGGAGAUGAAGGCUGACAUCAACGCUAAGAAAGAAGACAUGAUGUUCCAUAAGAUCUACAUCCAGAAACAUGACAAUGUCAGUAUUCUGUUUGCGGACAUUGAGGGUUUCACCAGCUUGGCGUCUCAGUGUACGGCUCAGGAGUUGGUCAUGACGCUCAACGAGCUCUUCGCCCGCUUCGACAAACUAGCAUCUGAGAACCACUGUCUGCGUAUCAAGAUCCUGGGGGACUGUUACUACUGUGUGUCUGGGCUGCCUGAGCCCCGCGCUGACCACGCCCACUGCUGUGUGGAGAUGGGCGUCGACAUGAUAGAGGCCAUCUCGCUGGUGCGUGAAGUGACGGGGGUUAACGUCAACAUGCGUGUGGGCAUCCAUAGCGGCCGUGUGCAUUGUGGGGUGUUGGGACUCAGGAAGUGGCAGUUUGACGUGUGGUCCAACGAUGUCACACUAGCCAACCACAUGGAGGCUGGGGGCAAGGCAGGGAGGAUCCACAUCACCAAAGCCACCCUGCAGUAUCUAAAUAGGGAUUAUGAGGUGGAGCCGGGUUUCGGAGGGGAGAGGAACGCCUACUUGAAGGAGAACAGCAUUGAGACCUUCCUGGUGCUGGGCUGCAGCCAGAAACGGAAAGACGAGAAGGCCAUGAUGGCCAAGAUGCAGAGGACGCGGUCCAACUCCAACGAGGGCCUGAUGCCUCGCUGGGUGCCCGACACAAGGUUCUCCAGGACCAAGGACUCCAAAGUCUUCAGACAGAUGGGGAUUGAUGAGUCGUCCAGCAAAGACAACCGUGGUGCCCAGGAGGCAAUGAACCCUGAAGAUGAGGUGGAUGAGUUUCUUGGGCGAGCCAUCGAUGCUCGCAGCAUCGACCAGCUGAGGAAAGACCACGUCAAGAAGUUCCUGCUCACCUUCCAGACCUCUAGCCUAGAGAAAAAGUAUUCGAAGAAGGUAGACGAUCGUUUUGGGGGUUACGUGGCUUGUACCCUCCUGGUCUUCUGCUUCAUCUCCUUCAUCCAGAUUGUCAUAUUUCCACACACCCCAGUAAUGCUGGGGAUCUACAUCAGUAUCUUCAUCAUCCUCGCCAACAUCCUCUUCAUCUGUGCCAUAUAUUCCUGCAUUAAGCUGUUUCCAGCUGCGAUGCAGAUCGUGUCAAAGAAGAUAGUCCAGUCUCGUACCAACAGCACUCUGGUGGGGGUGUUUACCAUCAUCCUCGUCUUCAUCUCUGCCUUUGUCAACAUGUUUGCGUGUGACACGGAGAGUUUGGUGGACUGCAUUGCCCGGGAGCUGAACAUCUCUGUUUCCAUGGUGACACCCUGUCUCAUCCGCAACCUGUCUGUGUCGGUAGAUGGGGGUCUAGAGAUUUGUCCCAGCCAGGGCCCCUCAUGUCCCUUCCCAGAGUAUUUCAGCUACAGUGUGCUGCUGACCCUGCUGGCCUGUUCAGUAUUCCUCCAGAUCAGCAGUAUAGGGAAACUGGCCCUCAUGCUGCUCAUCCAGCUCACCUUCCUGCUGCUGGUGGAGUGGCCACAGGUGGCGCUGUUCGAAAAUGCUGACCUCUUUGUCACCUCCAAAGCCCUUGAUUUCAAUGAAACUAUUCAAUGGUCCAGUUUCAAUGAAACUACAGUCGAGUGCCCGUUCAGUGUGACCAAAGUAUCUCUGAGAGUCAUGACUCCUGUGAUUCUCACUGUGUUUGUGCUGGCGCUCUACCUCCAUGCCCAGCAGGUGGAGUCCACUUCACGCCUCGACUUCCUCUGGAAACUACAGGCCACAGAGGAGAAGGAGGAGAUGGAGGAGCUUCAGGCCUACAACCGCCGUCUCCUCCACAACAUCCUUCCCAAGGACGUGGCAGCUCACUUUCUGGCACGUGAGCGCCGUAACGACGAGCUCUACUACCAGUCCUGUGAGUGUGUGGCCGUCAUGUUCGCCUCCAUUUCCAACUUCUCUGAGUUCUAUGUGGAGCUGGAGGCCAACAAUGAGGGAGUGGAAUGUCUUAGGCUGCUCAACGAGAUCAUCGCCGACUUUGACGAGAUCAUCAGUGAGGAGAAGUUUCGUCAGCUGGAGAAGAUCAAGACUAUUGGCAGCACCUACAUGGCCGCCUCAGGUCUCAAUGAUUCCACCUACGACCGCGAGGGCCGCUCCCACAUCACGGCUCUGGCCGACUACGCCAUGAGACUGAGGGAACAGAUGAAGUACAUCAAUGAGCAUUCCUUCAACAACUUCCAGAUGAAGAUAGGUCUGAAUAUUGGGCCAGUGGUCGCAGGGGUGAUUGGAGCACGGAAGCCCCAGUACGAUAUAUGGGGGAACACGGUCAACGUAGCCAGUCGCAUGGACAGCACAGGAGUCCCAGACCGCAUUCAGGUUACCACGGACCUCCACCAGGUGCUUUCAGAUAUAGGUUAUGUUCUGGAGUGCCGUGGGGUCGUUAAAGUCAAGGGCAAAGGGGAAAUGACGACCUACUUCCUGAAUGAUGGACCGCCCAAUAGUUAGCAGCCGUGGCAGCACUAGCCGGGACCAUUCCCGCGGCAGCACUACUGAGGGAGGACUCGCACCGCGAGCUAGCGGCUAACAACUAGCGAUGCCAUCACUUGAAACCCGAGCCAAGAGAAAAUACUUUGAGACUCCAGGACUUGAGAAGGAAAAUGUUCUUAUGUGGCAGCCAUGUUUUGGCGCCCGCACACAUGGAAGGACAAGUGUUUUUCUCAUGUCUAGCCUUUCUCUCAGGCUACGUUAAAGAUGCAAAGUCUGUUUAUUUAAAACAACGCCUUUAGCCUGUGUCAAAAAAAGAAAAAGGCUGUACAUAAGGCUAUUUUUUAUUUGACAUCAUUUUCUGUGAUUUUUUUUUUUUCAUGAUUUCUUUUCAGCAGAAUUAUGAAACAGGUACUCAUGUUUUAUUUCUGGGUUACUUAUUUAUUUUAAUCUUGAUGUUUUGUGCAAAAAUUCCUUUAUGAAAAAGUCUGAAUACAUAGGUGCACAAAUAUCCAGUUUAUUACACGUUUAUAAGUGUGUAUUUACAUGCAUAUUUGUGUGUAUGAAUAUGUGUAUAAAUUGAAGGAAAAUAUUGACCAAAGACCAAAGUAUUUACGAAAAACAAGGCAAGACAUGUCUGUUAUGUUCUCGCAAAAGUCUGCAAUGAUCACCAACUCGGUAGUACACGGUAGUACCCUCAGUCUUUUUAGUACAGUGCUGGCAAAUGCUAUUAAUCAAUAUGGGCAAAAUGUGUAACAACUUAUAUUUUGGAUUAUCAAUCAGCCAGCAAAGAGGUCCAGUACAGUUUAUCAUCGAUGACAUCUAUAUGAUUACUCUGCCUCCAUCUCUAAAAUUAUUAUUAUGUUAUUUAAGAUUAAAUAGAGGCUGGUAGCCUUUUUUAAGUCCUGGGUAGAGGGUUCAACCUGUUGGUUCAACAAAAUAAGAGGAAAUAGGAUGGUCCCCCCCCCCUCAACCCUUGUCAAAUUUGUUACCCCCACCAUGGCUCAGUCCAGCUAUAACAGUUUGAGCACCCAAGGCACAGUUGUAUACGGCAAAGGCAUACUGUCAACUGCUCCACCCCUUUCAAAUGUGUCCCUUUCCAUUUGUUUUGCAAAUGGAAAUUAAAGGACUCAAAACUAAAAACAAUGUUCCGGAACCAGAGGGGAAAGCCUGGGCAUUAAAUACAGUGGUACCAGACAGCCACCUAAGAUGUUCCAGAACCAGAGGGGAAAGCCUGGGCAUUAAAUACAGUGGUACCAGACAGCCACCUAAGAUGUUCCAGAACCAGAGGGGAAAGCCUGGGCAUUAAAUACAGUGGUACCAGACAGCCACCUAAGAUGUUCCAGAACCAGAGGGGAAAGCCUGGGCAUUAAAUACAGUGGUACCAGACAGCCACCUAAGAUGUUCCAGAACCAGAGGGGAAAGCCUGGGCAUUAAAUACAGUGGUACCGGACUGGCGCCUAAGAUGUUCCAGAACCAGAGGGGAAAGCCUGAGCAUUAAAUACAGUGGUACCGGACAGCCGCCUAAGAUGUUCCAGAACCAGAGGGGAAAGCCUGGGCAUUAAAUACAGUGGUACCAGACAGGCGCCUAAGAUGUUCCAGAACCAGAGGGGAAAGCCUGGGCAUUAAAUACAGUGGUACCGGACUGGCGCCUAAGAUGUUCCAGAACCAGAGGGGAAAGCCUGGGCAUUAAAUACAGUGGUACCGGUCUGGCGCCUAAGAUGUUCCAGAACCAGAGGGGAAAGCCUGGGCAUUAAAUACAGUGGUACCAGACAGGCACCUAAGAUGUUCCAGAACCAGAGGGGAAAGCCUGGGCAUUAAAUACAGUGGUACCGGACAGCCACCUAAGAUGUUCCAGAACCAGAGGGGAAAGCCUGGGCAUUAAAUACAGUGGUACCAGACAGCCACCUAAGAUGUUCCAGAACCAGAGGGGAAAGCCUGGGCAUUAAAUACAGUGGUACCAGACAGCCACCUAAGAUGUUCCAGAACCAGAGGGGAAAGCCUGGGCAUUAAAUACAGUGGUACCGGACAGCCACCUAAGAUGUUCCAGAACCAGAGGGGAAAGCCUGGGCAUUAAAUACAGUGGUACCUGACAGCCACCUAAGAUGUUCCAGAACCAGAGGGGAAAGCCUGGGCAUUAAAUACAGUGGUUACCGGACAGCCGCCUAAGUUUGAAUCGCUAACAAGUAUUUUCUAAAGAAAGAAGGAAAUAAAUAUAUAUAUAUAUAUAUAUAUAUUAGGCUGAAUACUGUGCUUUGUAAUCUUGAAGGGGCAUAACUAUUUUCACUGUGAGGUUUUUAUGAUACUUCAAACUGCUUUUUUGCCUAACUUAACUGCUUUAAAGCAUGUCUGAUUGUGGUAUCCUGUUUUCGAUUCUGUUUGUUUUAACGUUGAGUAUUUUUUUAUCACCUCUGUAUUCAUAAUUUGUAUUAACCUUAUGGUUGUUGUUAUUAUGAAUAAUUAUUACGCUUAUUACGAUGAUUCCAUUCCAACGAUAAGGAUCAAAGGGCAGAACGCUUUCUUGUAAAAUGCCAGACGUAAAAGCUCAAGCUCAAUGGUACCAACUGAUCAACUGCAGCCAACUACAGUAUUUCAAACACUGGCCCUAGAUUUGAUCACACAUACUCAUUAGAUGUCGCUUUUCCACAGAUAUACAGAUUGUACACUGUACCUUUUCAUUGAGCAAACACUACUGCAGGACUAAGCUCAGUCAGGUUAUGCACUGAUCCCAUCCCUAUCAGAUUUCAGGGCCCUCCUCAGAGAGACAGAACACAAUCAGCAGUGUGAGCAGUAUUAGAACUCUGUCUUAAUUGAACAAGCCACUGGAGAAUACAGUGGGAAGAGGAACUGAGUUUCACAGAGGCAGAGAAUUCGAGGGAAGGAUAGACAGCCUGUGAAAGCUAAUGGAAAUAAUUUACUGACCUUAGCAUUGACUCAACACUGACUUUAUUUUGAUAAUUUUGACUUUCCCAUAACAUCUUCAUAACACACUUGACUAUGGACACUAAAAGUUGAUAAUGUUCGUCCCAAAGCAAGCUAAUGUAGUCUCAUGUUAUUGGCCCCUUCCUGUGUAGUGAUGUUUGGCCUUGAGCGUGUGGGACCACCGUGGAAAAGUAAAGGUCUUGGGGUCAAUAAAUGACUGAGGUUGUGCCCAAUCGAGAGUGAUUAACAUAGAAAUAGAAUACAUAGAAUGGACGUGGUUAGUAAGAUGAUGCACGUUCUAUUCUAUUUCUAUGGGCUGUCUUGUCUUUGGGUUGGGUGGCUGUUAAUUGUUGACUCUUGGGAUGUUUUUAGGGCACAGAUGAGGGGAGGAGGGUCAUCCCAGAACUACUGAAAAUGUGUUUUGCUCAAGCCUGAUGAAUCCGGCCCCCUUCUUUUUGUUUUCUAUCCCUGUGUUGAAGGAGUUCAGAAGGCACCGUUUUUCCUGAAGUGAAGGACAAAAAGAGUUUAGGACUAUGACAGACAAAAUAACAUUUCCCCUUGAAGAAUUUUUUUAAAUAAAAACAAUGGCUGUUUUA